CCCAGAUGGAGGAACUGGGUGAUUCGUGGCAUCUUCACCUGGCUCAUGAUUGGCCUCUUCUGCUUGAUCAUAUAUGUGGGUCCACUGGCCCUCAUGUUCACAGUAAAAAUGGUGCAAGUGUGGUGCUUCAAGGGGGUCAAAAACAUUGGGGUUUCCCAGUUUUACCGAAAAGCAUGGGCUCUCCUGGUUUUAGAUUCUCUUCCCGCGUAUUUUUUCUUUUUCAAACGGACCAUGCGGUGGUUGAUUGCUUAUCACCGCUUUACAUUUUUUACGAUGUAUAUUUUUGGGCUUUUUUGGUUUGUGCUCCCCCUCAAAAAGCGGUUUACAUGCGCGUUUUCUCUUUUGCCUGGCACUGUUGCUCUCGAUUGGGUGCCCCAGAGUUACCUUUUAUAUAACUUUUUCCCGGAGAUCGGGUUCUUUGAAAACUUCUCCAUGAUUGUCUCAAGUGUCUGGCCAAUUGUGAAUAUUGAGUUAUGUAUUUGUUUGGAGAUUACAGUGUUUUCUUGUGUAAUUACUGUAACUUCUUCAUUGAGUACAUUCCUUGUAGUAUUUCUCAUUGAACAGCUGUCGUAUGUGAUGUGCCAGUAUCCAUUCUUUGUGUGUCCAGUGGAGUACAGUGAAUCUGAAGAUAACUUUAAUUACACCUGUGAUCCAUCUCCAAUAUUCAGACCUCAGGAAUACAGCUUACCUGAGACUCUGGCUAACUUAUCAGCUUUGCUUGGUGGAACAGAAUUCUUCCUCCGUAAACCAUGCGUGUUCCAUGCUAGUGGCACCUCUCUUUUUCAUAGUGGGAUUGGUCCUUUUGGGGGUUUCUUUGCUAUUUGGUUUUAAAGGGAAGCUUUUAAAAAAUUAAAGGACUUUGGUGAUGUGAUUCCUGGUCACGGUGGAAUGAUGGACCGCUUUGAUUGCCAGUACUUAAUGGCCACCUUCGUCAAUGUCUACAUUAUGACGUUCAUCUUGGAAACCUCUCCACAGAAGCUUCUGCAAAAGGUUUAUAUGUUGAAACCAGAACAACAGCUUCAGCUUUACAAUAUGUUGCAAGAUUCCCUUAUUGCACGUGGAAUAUUGCAGCCUUGAGGUGCCCCAUGGGGAUAUUGUGAUGUACGUGUAAGUACUCAGUGUAUAUUAAAUUAUGUCGGCCAAAGUAGCAUAACACUGGUUAUAUUUAUUAAUUUUCUGUGAAGAAACAGAUAAGUGAGCAUUAAAAUGUUAUAAAAGAAUGUAGAGCAGGGAAGGCUGCUGCAGUUAGGCUUGUUGUCUCAGAUGUGUACAAGAGUGGCAUUAAGACAGCUGCUCAUUGAGAUCCUCACAACACAGGUGGUGACUUCAUGACCUGGAGAUUUUUUAACCGGAUAAAGCACAGAUGUCACAAGCUUAAUCAGUAUUACAGUCCUAUAAAAAGUUAUGUCAUGGAAUGGUUUGAUGUGAUUAUGAGGCAGAGACUAUACAGUGAAGACAUAAGACAGUGUGGUGAUUUGAAAGAUAUAAUUCAAGAAGCUAGAGUGGGGUUAUUGAGAAGGCUUGGUUAUGCCGACUUGCUGAAGGUGCAGGGAGCAUCCCAGGAUGGAAUGAAAGGAGUGUAUGAUGAUACAUUUUAGAAGUACUAUCAAGGUAAUAUUUGUGCAGGGAUUCAACGAAACCUGUUUUCCAGAGAUGCCUAAGUACGGUGUUUGUACUGUGAAGGAAUGGUGCAACUCGGUGGCUCAUUGAAUUGUGAUGACCUUUUACUUUUGAAUAAAUUACUUUCAAGUGAUUGAUGGAGAAUGUUUUCUUCUUUGGGUUAUCCUGCCUUAGUGAGAAAAUAACUGUUAUCAUUAUUAGAGGCAAGUAGUAGUUCAUAUAAUCACUACUAAUAUAUAUAUAGUGUGUAGUAAGGGAUAGUGAAGUGUAAAUUGACAUUAUCAUUUUCUUUUUUUUUUUGUAACUAGGAAAACUUGUUUAACUCAUUCAUUAACAUAAACUGUCUUAUGUCACUCUUAACAGCAUGGAAAGAAAAUUACUACUGCAGUUGCCUUAAAAUAUGGUCUUCUUCCCAAGUUUUGUAAAAUAUUGGUAAUACAGUAUAGAUUAUAGUUUUGUUCAAUUAUAAGCCCUGAAGCCAUGCUGUGUAGUAAUUAUAGGUUUCCUCCAGCAGUUGACUUGCUUAUCUACAACAUAUUCUGCAUAUGUAUUUGGCCAUCAGUAUAUAAUGAGUCAUAACAUUAUCCUUCAAAUUAAAUAUUUUUCUACAUGAAAGAGAAGUUAUGCAGCAUUGUAACCUAACCUGUUUGAAUAAGGUAGUUUAUUAUCUAGACUACUAAUUGGGCCAUGGUAUGGCAAGGUUUACUACCUUAUAUCCACUAAUAAGGAAGUACAUCUGUAAUCUACAUCUACUAUUUCUUGAUACGAUAAGUCCAGAAGUUGCUUGAUGUUUGGACCUACUAACUCAUCCUAAGAUGUAAUUGUUUAGCUAGACUACCAUAAGUUAGCCGAUUAUAAAAUUAUUUAAUACAACCCUGUGUUUUCACUAGAUGUUAAGAGAAAGCAGAGCUUAGUGACUCUCCCAGUGUAGGAUGGAGCAGUGUGGCUUCCUUACUGUCUAUAUUACCUUGACAAAAUUGAUCACACGGAUUACUGCUGUCUUCUGACAAAUGUUAUACCUGGGGCACUCAGUGGUAGGCUGGUGGUAGUCUUGGUCAAUAUAUUGUGUGUGGGUACAAACAUGGAAAUAAAUGUAUCAAACUUAAUGUAAAAAAAAUAAAAAUAUUUAAUUUUAUAUAACUUGGCUAUAAAAUAUUUAUUUGUUUUGCUUCAUUUAAGAGUUUAUAAACAAGCGAUGAUUUAUUUUGUGCAACUAUUUUAUUUAUGAAUUUCUGCCACAAUUAUUUGUUUACCUGCCUGUAUCUCUGUGUGUAAAUAUCCUUCCUUUGUAAUUUUAUUGUUCUUUCAUGGCUUUUCAUAUAAAUACACAUGAAUGAUAAAUAAUAAGUCAUAGACAUAUUAUAUAUUUUCACCACAGAUAUGUGGAAGUGUAUUUUUUACUUUCAGCUUUUUUCUUGAGUUAGUGACUAAGUCUCUUUACUGGUCACGUUCUCUUCAUGAUGUUUUAGUAUUAGUACUUGUAAAUAAAAUAUUUCUUUGCUUAUAAAAUAUUUUAAAUUUGUUUGAUAUUUAAAUAUCAUAAAAAUAUAAGGUUAGUAAAUAAUAGUCACGGUCUCCACAAAAUUAAGUUUGUAAAGUUUUGUGACAUGUUGUUUGGGAAUUUAUGUAGGUUGAUUUUAAGUUAAAGAAUUUUAUGAAGUUCAGUGAUGGACUGUAUACAAGAGUACCUCGGUACUCAAAUUUAAUUUGUUCCAGAAGGCUGUUUGAGUGCCAAUCUGUUCGAGUACUGAACAAAUUUUUCCCAACCAAUUUUCUUUUGGUUGGCUGUUAUCACUAAUCUUCUUAGGCCCCAUGGUGACUUAUUUAUACAAAUAUAAAAAAACACCAAAAAAUGUGAAUAAACACAAAAGUCUGCAGCAAAGUUCUGGCAGGUCAUGGGCCGAGCAAACGGUUGACUACCAAGUGAUUUUUUUACCGAACAAAGCGUUCGAAUACCGAAUUGUUAGAGUAGGGUGCUGUUUGAGUACUGAGGUUCCACUGUACUAAGUAUAUGAGUUAAGUAUGUAAUCAUGUGUGUGUGUGUGUGUGUGUGUGUGUGUGAUCCUAGCUCUGUAUUGUGGGAAAGACCAGGAGCCAGGUGUGACUUAUGGCUUUGUGUACCACUGAUAGGCUCACUCCUGUCACCUUCACUCUGACUCCACUGCCUGCCUGCCCUACAUAUAUAGCCCUGCUACCCAAGAACAGAGUUUUGCAUGUCAGGGGCUGCAUGUUUAUUUACCUCCCUUAAAAUAUUUGUUUUUAGUAAUGUAAAUGACCUGCUAUUUUAGUACCUAGUCUGCUUCUACAAACCUUUGAGUGUGUGAUGUGAGAAAUGGAUUUUGCCAUAUUGUGGAAGUUAUCACUAAUAUUUGCAGUGUUUCAUGUUUUGUAUAAUCCAUUGCAAUUGUAUUCUGGUCAGAUUUUUUAGUUAACCCUUUGAUUUUUAAUUAAAACCUUUAACUACUUGAUGUUCAGGCAUGAAGAUUGGCAUUGUGUCAAUGCAACCAUAGUUAGUGUGUUGCAGCAUAUUGGACAAAACAUUUAUCCUAGUUGGUAUUCCACUUUUAAUUAAAGUUCUGACCCAGCAAUAGUAUGGUUUAUACAUAUAUUUACCAUGGCAUAUUAAACUGAACAUUCCAUUUUUAUAAAUAACUUAAUCAAAGUUAUACUUUUCUGUUAAAUCCAUAAAAAGUACAGUUUUUUAUUCACAGUAUGAGCAUUUAGUAGGCUGAUCUUCACAAUAUAAUCAUUCCAUUGUUUGAACUUAUUUAUGGAAACAAUAUUUUAAUAUAUGUUUAUAUAAAUAUGACAAUUUUAAAACCAUGUAUUAAUUUUGUGUAUAAAUUGUAUUUAGUUUUUGUGAUAUUUUCUUUUAACAUUGAUCUCUGGAUUAUGAAUAAGAUAGUUACAUUUUGGAUCUUCUAUUUUUAAAAAGAUUAAUAUCCAAAAACUUCAUAUUGAGGGAAACGUAGAGUAAUACAAUAACCAUUAUCCUUUUUUGGUUGGUGCUUAUGUGAUGACCUUGUAGCUCAGUUGUUCUUCGAGCUCUCAACCAAAAGUACCUGGGUUGAACCCUACACAGGUGAAAUGUAUGCUUCUCCUGUUACAUAGCAACAGAUAUCUAGAAGUUAGCAAAUUUUUGUGGGUUGCAUCCUGGAGAAAGACCUAGAAAAAAGGCCCCAGUAGAAAUAAGCCACUCUGCUUGGGUUACUAUGGUUAUUAAUCCUCAGGGUAACUAAUCCGAACUUCAACUCGCUCGCAAACCUUGUAACCAUGCUUUUUUCAUAUUCUAAUAAGGAAAAAGGUUAAACUCAAGACUACUGUAAUCUUAAAGCUGUUGCUGUAGUAUAAGAUUGUCUAGUGUGGUGGCUAAAUGUAAAGAUUGAUAUAGACAAUACAAUAAUUUUAGAAUCA